GAGGGGAGGGAGUAAGGGGUCUGAGCAGGCUCAUGUCUGAAGCAGAGAGAGGGAGAGUCAGACAGACAGCAUCCAAGGAACCUAUGAAGUUUCCUUGUUACAGACACAGCAGCCAGGGAAGGCAUAGCUAUUAGUAACUAGAAAAAACAAGCCACCAUCGGAACACCACCGAAUGAUUACCAUUCGAUGGUGGCAAACAUUGGAAGGUCACCAUCGAAUUGUAAAACCUACUACAUCGAACGAAAACCAUCGAUGUUUCUAAACCAUCGACCAUCGAUGUCCAGAAGGAUCUGACGUUCCCGGAUGUGUUGUUACUAACUGAGGCUCUGUGAGGCUGCGACGAGUGUGCUGCUGUGUAGGGGGCUAUGGGUCGCUGUCAGAAGGGUUAUGUUUAUGUCUAUGGAUGUUUACCUUUAUGAGGAAGAAGUGCUCGUUUAAUAUGUAGUGUGUUGGUUUUAUGUAAGGGCGUGAAUCUUUUCUGAUGACAAGGAGCAAGUUCAUUUGAGUGUGCAACCCGUGAUUUUAAUGGAAGUCUUAACUAUUUGCUAGUAGUUCAGUUUUAAAAUAUUUAUUUACUAUGAAGAAAAGGAGAAAGUUUGUUCCAAAAAUGCACCUUCAUGCAUCUGAUGGGAAUGGCAGGGAUGCUCGCAUGGAGAUUCCAGCUACCCAUAGUGAUGCAGAGAAUCCACCCAUAUAUUCCAGCACCGUUCUCCAGGCUCCAGACCAGAGGAAGUUCCUAAAUUCCCUAAACUACAACAAAAAUCUCUUGAAAUACUUGAAUGAUGACCGUCAACGUCAAGGGUCGUUCUGUGACCUUGUCAUUGUGGUGGAGGGGAAGGAAUUUCAAGUGCACAAAGUGGUGGUGGCUGUGGGCAGUAGUUACUUCCACGCUUGUCUAAGUAAGAACCCAAACACUGAGGUUGUGAAUUUAGAGCAUGUCAGCAGCUCGGUGUUCCAGCACUUGCUUAAUUUUCUGUACACUUCAGAGUUUUUGGUUUUGGAGAAUGAAAUAAGCAUGGUCUUGAAAGCCGCAAAGUUUCUUGACAUUAUAGAUGCAGUAAAGCUGUUGGCUGCUGAGAAUGAACAUUUAUUUCCAGAUGAACAUCAGCCACCUCCGAAAGAAACAGAUGUAUCUGUUAAUAAACUGGAAACCAAUCACAAGUGUCCACUCUGUGAGCGCAAUUUUUGCUACAAAAAGACUUUGGAAAAUCAUAUGGACAGAGCACAUCAGUUUGGAAAAACAGACAUUUGUAAUGACUCUAGCUCAUUGACCAGGAAGUCAACACGUAGGAGAAAGUGUCCCAUUAAAUUUGAAGAUAAAAACAAAGGAGAGAGCGACAGUGCAUCAAGCAGUGAGUUGUUCAAAAGCAGUCAGGGUGGAACCGACUCAGAAGAUCCAGGUAGUGAGACAAAUGAUGAGGAGAAUGGACUAGAGGAAGGUGAUCAGCCUGUGCAAGGGGAGAAUGGGGAAGUGGGGUCUGGAAGAGAUGAGGGACAAAGCAGUGGGGAGCAGCAUGAACCUAAGGAAAUGAAUGAAGAUUCUGGCACCCGUGGGAAUUUUCCUGAUGGACUUGCUCCUGUUGUGUUGCAGAAAAGUAGCAAAAAGAAACUGAAGUGUCCAAAGUGUGAAAAGACCUUUGAUCGCGUAGGCAAGUAUGAAAGUCAUAUACGUGUGCACACCGGAGAAAAGCCUUUUGAGUGUGACAUCUGCAGUCUCCGGUAUUCUACCAAAUCCAACCUAACAGUACACCGUAAGAGGCAUGACAGUGAGACAGAAAUGCCCAGAAAAGAACACAAGUGUCCAUUUUGCAGCAGGCUCCAUGCAAGCAGAAUUACCCUUGUGAAACAUGUCAAGAGGUUUCAUGCUGAAAAUGCACAGGAGUUUAUCAAAAUCAAAAGGUUAAGAAAUGAAGGAUGGAAAUGUGAAAUCUGUAAUAAAUAUUUCACACGUCAGCCUCAUUUAAAGGAACAUAUGAUCCUCCAUUCACAAGACAAGCCAUUUAAAUGCACCUAUUGUGAUGAACAGUUUAAAUCUCGUUUCAAAAGGUUAAAGCAUCAAGAAAAAUAUCACUUGGGCCCCUUCCCUUGUGAUAUUUGUGGCCGUCAGUUUAACGACUCCGGGAACCUGAGGCGUCACAUUGAGUAUACACAUGGAGGGAAGAGGAAGUGGACGUGCUUCAUCUGUGGCAAAUCGGUAAGAGAAAGGACAACUUUAAAGGAGCACUUGAGAAUUCACAGUGGAGAAAAGCCACACCUCUGUAGUAUUUGUGGGCAAAAUUUUCGCCAUGGUAGCUCAUACAGGCUCCAUCUUCGUGUCCAUCACGAUGACAAACGUUACGAGUGUGAUGAAUGUGGGAAGGCCUUUAUACGCCAUGACCACCUCACUAAGCAUAAAAAGAUACAUUCUGGUGAGAAAGCCCAUCAGUGUGAAGAAUGUGGGAAGUGUUUUGGACGUCGCGACCAUCUGACUGUACAUUAUAAGAGCGUUCAUCUUGGGGAGAAGAUUUGGCAGAGGUACAAAGCGACAAUUCAUCAGUGUGAUGUAUGCAAAAAGGUCUUUAAGGGGAAAUCAAGUCUUGACAUGCACUUCAGGACACAUUCUGGUGAAAAGCCAUAUAAAUGUCACAUCUGCAGUCAAUCGUUUCGCAUUAAAAAAACUCUGACUAAACACUUGGUUAUACAUUCAGAUGCACGCCCCUUUAUAUGUCAGCACUGCAAUGCCACCUUUAAACGGAAGGACAAGCUCAAGUACCAUGUUGACCACGUUCAUAACUCUAAGGCAGAGGAUGAUGUGAAGAUGGAAGAGUCAGAAAGUUAUCCAGCGGCCUGUCAGAGCUCCGAGGUUGAUAUCUGUGUGCCGAUAACAUUGGUUCCAGUUGAAAUCAGAGAAAAUGAGGGGGAAUUAGAGACUCACGCCGAUUCUACUGUGCUGUCUCAAUCCACAGACUACCAACGUCCCCCUGACUUGGCCUUCUUGGAAAAAUACACUCUUAACCCACAGCCAGCAACCCUUUUACAUCCAGUCAGGCCCGAGCAGAUAAUGGCGACUAGAGAACACUCUUAUCUGGGGACUUUGCUUGGUCUGGACCCUCAGUCAAAUGAACAGACUGUUUCCAAUAGUGAUCAUCACUGAUCUGGGAUGUACCAUUCCGCAUGCAUUUAUUUGAAGUGCAUGCUGCACUACAGGGGUUAAGGCAGGCACUACCCUAGGGAGAACUUUAAGGCUCAGUUUCUCUUGAAUUUCCAUUUCAUACUACACUUCCAACGUUGUGUAUCUGAAUCUGUAGUUUGGAGCCUACAGCACACUGUAGCAGGUUUCUCUUGUGGCUUAAAGGCUGUUGGAUAGCACUUUCUUUCUAUAACUGUUGUAGAUUUUGUGUGUCUUUAAAUACUCACAAAUACUUAGGUAUGUUUAGAUUCUGCUGAUUAAAAAAAAACACAUCCUAUCCCCCAUGCCAAAGAUUAAUUGUUAAUCUGAUUUUAGGGUGCAAUUUUAGUGAAAAUACAUAAUACAUUUGAAGCAAUAUAAAUGUACCAAUAGAAGAGGACUAGGGAAUUACCCGUACAUUAAAUCCAAUAAAUCCUUUUAAACAAACUUUAA